UCAGUCAAAAGAUGUAAGCUAAACAAAACAGAACAAUAUAAAAUGCAAGUUUAUAAACAUACACACACUAUCUACACAAUAAUUGCGUCAGAAUAAGUUCAUUUCAUAAAUAGAGUUUUGUAGAUUAAUCUAUCGUUUACUGAGUCCAUAAAUAUUUAAUAUGAAUAUUUAGGUUCUCUAAUAAGUUUCAUUUACAGAAACAAGUAAAUAAAUAUUUUAAGGAAAUAUAAAAACGCUGACGAAAGGUUUUUAUCGUUCAAAGUUGUAACUUUUCCGAAAUGGCUUUUAUCACAGAACUUUUACUUUUAUCUGGAGUUUUAACAGCUUUUUACUCUAUAGAACCUAACGCAGAUGGUGGUUCCGAAGAACCUGCUGUAAUGGAAGCUUUAGGAGAACUGGUGGGAAAAUAUGAAAAUCCUAAAUCGCUUUAUGACUUGAUAGCACAUUUUCCUAUCGAUAAAAAAAUUGUGUGCCCAGACAGUGAUGCUCGACUUCCUUACCCUGGAGAUUGUACUCGAUAUGUAACUUGCAGAGAUUUCAAAGCCCACAUUAGGGUUUGCCCUCCAGGUUUCAAAUUUGAUAAAGAAGCUCUUCACUGCAGAUACGGAAUUCAAGUGAACUGCCAUGAUCCCGACAACAACAAACGUGCUUGUGGUGAAAAUGAAAAAUAUUCUGUUUGCGGACCUGCAUGUGAAGCUUCGUGUUACAAUAUUAACAAUGAUUAUGAUGAUUGUCCUAAAAGAUGUGUUAAAGGAUGUUUUUGUCAAGAUGGAUUUAUUAGGGGUCCAAAUAGAAUAUGUAUCAAACCAAAUGAGUGUAUGUUUUCAAACAUGGUGGAGCCUAGGUUUAUUGUUAAUUCUCAUAUAAUCGAAAAAAUUCCCGGAGAUGAGUUUGAAAUUUGAGAAGAGUUCAGGAAUUAGGAAUAAAUUAUUCAUUUGUUUUAGAAAUUUGUAUAGAGGAACGACUAAUAAUUUUCACAGAUCGAUAGGUUUGUUUUUAUUUAUUUUAAACAGCUAUUAUUAAUUUUGGUAGCUAUAAACGUAAACUAUAAUACAUACUGCUACUUGAUUACUAUCAUCAAUAAGUAACAUAAUAGAUGAGGCCUUACGGCAAAUAUUAAAUCCGUGCCUCUUUUCAAAUAGAUAAAAGCAUUGGUUGUGAGAAAUUUUUUUAAAAUGGGGCUUCUUCUUAUUCAUUUGUGAAAUUUUUUUAUGCUGCUUUAACAUUUUUUAAGGGUAAUACAAAUUUUAAGCUAUUUUUAUGAAACAUUUUAAAACUAUUGUAAGAUUUAAAAUUAAUGAACUAAAUUUUUGAUGUGAUGAAAAAAUAUGAAAUAAAAAAUAUUAGUCUUUGAGUAAAAGUUUCAAAUCUUACAAUUGCUUUCAACAUUUCGAAUUAUAUAUUUUUUAAAAAACUUUAUAUAUUAAACUUUAUGUAUGCAGCUUUUACUCAAUUUUAUAAAGAUUCAUUAUAUAUGGAGUAUGCAAAUUUAAAACUGCACUAAAUUAUCUGUAGUAGUUUUCGCGAUGUAUAAUUUUAGAAAUUAAGAAAAAUUAAAAAAUUGAAUGCAAUUAAAAUUUUAGCAAAACUUAAAGUUUAGCUUUGGGAAAAAUUAAAGCAAGUCAUGUAUCGCGUUGAAAUAAAAACACUAUUUUUAGUUUUAGUACCUUUAUUUAUUUAAUAAAUUAAAAUUUCUCAAGUCUUGCACACGUUUGUAUUCUAAAGGACGCUUAAAAAAAAUUUUUUUUUGUUAUUUAUCUAGUGCUUAUAGGGAACGGUUAUUUUGUUUAGAAAAACAUUGUUACCCGUGUGAUUUUAUAGUUGAACUAUAUUUUGAUACAAAAUAUUUAAUUAAUUAAAAAAUAUCUUAUUUCUUUAAAGGAAUCUAAAAUUCAUAUAUACA